UUGGUUUCAGUAACGGCUUAGAAUUUGUCAACCAUCAAAUUCUAACAAAGUUGUAUUAUAUCAUCUCAGAGAUCUUAUCAGCAUGGCUUCUGCAGGAAAGACAAUUGCUCUAGUCACCGGAGCAAAUCAGGGUGUUGGAUUGGCAGUAUCCAAGAUCCUCUCGUCCGACCACGGCUAUCACGUCAUCAUGGCGGGUAGGCGGGAACAAGCAGUUCAGGCAUCUGCCGACCAGCUGAAGAAGCAGGGACUAGACGUCGAGCCUUUGGUGCUCGAUCUUGGCUCGGAUUCGUCGAUCGAUGCAGCUGUCGACUACGUACAAAGUCACUACGGCGUCAUAGACGUUCUGGUGAACAAUGCCGGCAUUGCUCGCGCGAGCGAUCCUGCUGCAGAUUCACGUACCACGUAUGAGACAGUCCUGGGAACCAACGUCGUGGGUACGAUGUCCGUCACCGAGAAGUUUUUGCCGCUGCUCGCAAAGUCGCAAAAAACGAAGAGGGUGGUUUUCGUCUCCUCUGGCUCCGGUAGCAUGACAAAUUGGGCGACGCCGGGCAGUCUGACGAGGAAUUACAAGGCCCCAGCAUAUGCCGUUAGCAAGUCGGCUUUGAAUGCCUUGUGCCUUCAGUACGCCGUGGAAUAUGAGGAUGACCCGACUUGGAAGUUCAAUGCCGGCUGUCCCGGAUACUGUUCGACGAACCUCAAUGGAUUUUCGGGUUCGAAUGCGCCAGAAACUGGUGCGCAGAUUAUCUGCAAGCUUGCCACGCUCGAUAAUGAUGGCCCUUCGGGUGUCUUUAUGAAUAGAGCGGGCAGAAUUCCAUGGUAGAUAAUGAAGCAUUACAAACCAUCAGGUUCUACGGAGGUCCUUUUGAGUAGUGUGACAACCAGCCAAAAGGGCAAUUUGACUGGGCCGGGCGGUACGGACAAGUCAGGAACUGUGGCUGCAGCCUCGCCACCAGACGAUAAGGUAAAGGCGCACUCGGGACGAGUGGGCACAAAGUAAUUGUACCAAGGAUUCAAGGACUUGACGGGCUUGGUCAAGUAGGUG